UUUCCUUGUCCACUGGUGUUUACAUCUAGUCAGAGAGAACUUGAUGAUAACCAACAUGUCUGCUCCCAUAGUCAGAGCUACUGUAAAGGCGGUGAGCAGAAGAAAGAUUUUAUCUACAAGAGCUGCUCUGACGUUGACACCUUCAGCUGUAAAUAAAGUCAAGCUGCUGUUAGAGAAUAAGCCCCAAUAUAUUGGGCUCAAGGUUGGUGUACGGACCAGAGGAUGCAACGGCCUCACUUACACACUCGACUAUACCAAGGAGAAGGACAGAUCAGAUGAGGAGGUGGUACAGGAUGGUGUAAGAAUUUUCAUUGAGAAGAAGGCUCAGCUGACCUUGUUGGGCACAGAGAUGGAUUUUCUUGAGACGAAACUCUCCAGCGAGUUUGUGUUUCACAACCCAAACAUCAAGGGAACAUGUGGUUGUGGAGAGAGCUUCAACAUUUAAAUGACUUCCAAGCUCUGUUGUGUACUUUACAGUAUAUGCCACACUCCCAUUCCCCAAUCAGAGACAGAGAACCACCUUGGGGAGUAAAAAGACUCAAACAUGGGCGAUGGAUGCAAUCAAGCUCAUCUUCCUGCACUGCAACCGACUGAAAAUAAUCAUCACCACUGUUUAAUGGCUAGCAUUUAACUUAGUUUGUGUUUCCUUUUACUUCAAAUAUAUUGUAAAAGAUAAAUGAUAUAUAAUAUGGGUCAGUAUUUAUUUUACAAAUGACGAGCAAUGUGGCUGAGCGUUCGUUUGUCAAUAGACCUCUUUCUUGGUAUGAGUGCGAUACUGUUUGCCUGAUAAUAUGGCAGUAUGCUCCAGUGCCCUUAUUAUAGAACAGAGCAUGAGGCAGGGUGUGUGUGUGUUAGCUAAAAAGAUAAAGAACACUUCUGUGGAAGUUAUGCCAUAUUUUUGCAUUUGUUGAUUUUAUAAUCCAGUCAGUGUAUUUCACUGAACAUUGAUGCUAUGAAAUAGAAUUUGUAAAACUGUCCAGCAUCGUAAUGGAUGCAGCAGAGCACCUCAAGAGAGGGCGGUGUACAUUUAUUGGAAAAGGAUUUGUGGGAAAUUAGUAGAGGGCUAUUAAUUAUAGUGUGUAAAACUCAGAUGUUGAGUAUUGAUGACUUUGCCUUGUAAAACAAACAUGUGUCCAUGAUACCGAGUCUAUAAAAUCUGUAAAUGAGAGAACCGGAGAGAGAGAGCAAGAAAUGUCUUUACGCACAAUAAAGCUCAUAUAAAUUAA